GUGCUUAAAAGCAGCAGCUGGUUUAUAUUUACCACGGAGGUUACACAGAGAACAGGCAAAGGAGAGCACUCAAACUGUGAAAAUUAUACAACACGCUAACACUGCGGAUUGUCUUGGAGCAUCAUUCUUUGGCAUCAUAUUGUGGCUUGUGCUAUAAUCAGUGUCUCCAUGUCAUCACUGUGCCUCAGCAGUGUCCUGACCAAUGCCAAUCUCACCAUGUAUCAGACGGGUGUCCCUGAUAUUCUUCCGCAGCAGCUCAGUGUGCUGCCCAGCUUGAACACUCAACAGAUCAACAAUCCCGGAUACAGCUCCAACACAUGCGGUCAGUGGUACAGGCAGAUUAGCCCUCACUGCUGGACAGCAGACAACGUUCUGGAGUGGAUCAGUGACCAUGUAGAGAGCACCAAGUUUGAUGCAAGCACACUAAGUCUUGCCUACUGUGCCAUGGAUGGUCCCGACCUCUGCCAGAUGAACCGGGACCAGAUGAUUGGGGUGUUUGGCCCGCAGCUUGGUCUACACCUCUACCAGAGUCUGCAGGAACAGAAGACAAAAUAUGAUCUGCAGAGCCUAUCAGCACCGGAGCUGAAUGAGACCUGCCAGCUCCUGGACAACUUCCUGGACAACUUAAACUUCCCUUUACUCAGCACCAUUAGAAUUGGCCAAGCUGAAGGAGCGGUCAGCAAGAGAGAGUUAGACUACAGCGAUGAUUAUGACCUGACAAGUCUGACCAUGGAGCCCAUGACACCUCUGGGAGACAAUGAGUACCUGUCUGAUAAUCAGUCUGACAGCGAGUACAGCUCCUCCUCCAACAGUGGCAUGUUUGGCUUCACAAGCCUUGGCUCACCAGAGUCUGGCAGUGGUGAAUCAGACCCAGAGUUCUCCUAUCCUCUGAUUUCAAAGGUACACAUCAAAUCAGAGAAAGGAGAGUCUCGGCUGAAGCGACCACGAGGGCGACCUCCUAAACUCAGCAGAGAACACAGCAGUGGUAUUUAUGCCAAUUCAAAGAAAAACAAACAUGCGCCUCGUGGCACUCACCUGUGGGAGUUCAUCAGGGACAUUCUUAUCCACCCAGAGAGAAACCAGGGCCUGAUGAAGUGGGAGGACCGCCGCGAGGGUGUUUUUAAGUUCCUCAAGUCUGAGGCUGUGGCUCAGAUGUGGGGCCAGAAGAAGAAGAAUAGCAGCAUGACAUAUGAGAAACUUAGCCGUGCCAUGAGGUAUUACUAUAAGAGAGAGAUCCUGGAGCGAGUCGACGGUCGGAGGCUUGUAUACAAAUUCGGAAAGAACUCCAGUGGCUGGAAGAUUGAGGAGAUUGGCAUGAGCAUGUGACGCAUCAGUCACCAAGUGGGUAGAAACCAAAGAGCUAAUCAGAACAGUUGUUCAGGAACCACGGUAGAAAUACCUGUAUGGCCUGACUGAAAAAAAAAAAAAAAAAAAAAAACUGCUGCCCCAGAUGUUUAAGACACUAACUUCCUCUUAGUAGGAAGGUGUUGCAGAAAAUGUAAGCCAGUGUUUUUGGCUCUAGUAGGUUUUAUGAACCAAUAUUAAUGUUGUACCUGUUUUGUGUUUUUGAUCGUCAUCACAGAAACUUUCCUAUGCGCAUAGAAACUAAAAUUUACAUUGUUAUGGUUGUGUUUCUGUAAGCGCCUAGAGGUUAAAGAGUUGUACAGACUUCUCUCUGGUCUGAAGUUUCUUUACUGAUGCUACACUAACAUGGAAUAUGGGCAUUAAGGAUUGUAUUGUGACACUGGAUAUCUUCUUUUUUUCUUAAUGUCAUAUCACUGUCUUGUUAUUCUAAAUGGGUGAAACUUUCACCAUCAGUUUUCCAUGUCAAUGUUAACUCAGUGGAUCUGAAUGGAAGAUCGUGUUUGAAAAAAUCUUGUGUUCCUUCAUAGUCAGAAGAAUGUGCACUAUAUGUCUAUCAGUAUCACUUAUUAUAAAGUGUGUUUACACAAUGUUUGAAUAAAAAGUAGUUUAAGAGUAAUUAUAUAAUAUCUUAUAUAUGAUCAUCACAUAUAAGUUUGCACGGUUUGUAUUAAUCAGUCAGAAAUCAAUUGCAUGUUGUUGUGUGAUUAAUUCACUUUGCUGUCAGCCACUUUGAAUUGAGAAAUGUUUGUGGAAUAAAUCUUAUAUCAUUUAUGAUAUCUCUUAA